AUGGCCACGCCCAUUAAAUUCUAUUACUCCCCAGGCUCGUGCUCCUUUGCAGUGCAUAUUCUUUUGUUUGAGGCCAAUGUCUCCUUUGAACCCAUUCGCCUUGAAAUGGGAAAAUUUCCCAAGGAAUUUCUUGCUCUUAAUCCCAAAGGUCGCGUGCCAGUGAUAAUUCUGAAAGACGACCAUAACAACGACCAAGUCAUCACCGAAGCACCGGCUAUUCUCACCACAGUUUCUCUGCAGGUUCCUGAAAGGAAGUUUCUAGGAAGCAACAACCUUGAGACUGCCCGAGUGUAUGAGUGGAUGAAUUGGCUAUCUGGGACAUUGCAUGGACAAGCGUUUGCAGGAUUCUGGAGACCAGAUAGAUUCAUGAAUGAGCCUACCGAAGAGGACGCGCGGCGGAUAGCGGAAAAAGCAGUCGAGACUAUACUCUCCUGUUACGAGACGAUUGAGAGCAAGUUGUAUUCUUCAUAUACGGCAUCCGGUGCACCGUUUGCGGUUGGAAAUGCCGUGACAGUGGUUGAUCCGUACUUGGCUGUGUUCUAUCGUUGGGGAGUCCGAAAUUUGAAGUUGGACAUGACUCGAUAUCAAAAGUAUACGGCAUUGUGGAAGGAGUUGGAGAAACUUGAUAGUUUUCGACUGGCUUUGGGACAACAGGCUGGAAGUUGGGAGUGA